AUGGAAGAGGACGCCCUAAGGCAGUACAUGCCCACGUCCUUUGGUGGUGUAGGUGGUGGCUUUGAUCCUGAUGCACAGAUUGAAAACGCCAGGCGGAAACUGCCUGAGACUCAGCAGGCACAAGAAAAAGCAAAAGCAGCUUCGGGGUCAGAAGACGACAGUGGCGAUGACGACGACUCGGAUGAUGAGGACGAGUAUCCUACUUCCCACGAGAUCGUCUUCAAAACGCAUGAGCGGCCACUCACCACCAUCACGGUAGACGCCUCGGGUUCUCGCAUGAUUACUGGUUCUACAGACUGCACAAUCAAGUUGCACGACUUUGCUACACUGGCACCCAACACAUUACGAGCUUUCAAGUCAGUCGAUCCCACUUCGACGAAGGAUGCUGCAAUGUCUGAAACACACCCAGUUCACGUUGCAAGAUUCAAUCCAAACUCGCCAAGCCGCGUCCUGGUAGUGUCUGCUACGCCUCAAGCAAGGAUAUUGUCCCGAGAUGGCGAACAGAUCAUGGAAUUCAACAAGGGAGACAUGUACCUCCGUGAUAUGAACAUGACCAAGGGUCAUAUCAGUGAGAUCACCUCUGGCACGUGGCAUCCUUCCAAGCCAGAACUCUGUGUCACCGCUGGCACUGACAGCACUCUACGCAUAUGGGACGUGAACAUUGGAAGCAAGCAGAAAGAUGUCAUCGUUCACAAGUCAAAGACUGCCGGCUCCGCAGGCCGGAGCCGUAUGACAGCGGUGGCAUGGGGUAGUCAAGUUGAGGGUGGCAACAACAUUCUCGUCUCUGCUGCCCUGGACGGCUCUAUCCUCAUAUGGGGAGGCGAUGGACCCUUCACGCGGCCCAGCGCCGAAAUCCGCGAUGCUCAUACGCCAGAUACAUGGACUAGUGGCAUCGACGUCAGUUCUGACGGCCGGCUCGUCAUCACACGCGGUGGCGACGACACGAUCAAACUCUUCGACACUCGCAAAUUCAAAGCCCCAGUCUCAACCACCACACAUCCCUCCACCUCCUCUCAAUACCCAACAUCCAAUAUCAUCUUCGCCCCGAACGCCUCCGCUGUUCUGACCGGCUCCCCAUCGGGUGACCUACACAUACUCAACCCUGCCACUCUGCGCCCGGAGCUCGUCACCCCCGUCACCCCCAACUCCCCACUCAUAACCCUCGGCUGGCACAGCACCCUCAACCAGAUCUUCACCGGCAGCGCCAACGGCCACACACACGUCCUCUUCUCGCCCAGCACCUCCAACAAAGCCGCGCUGACCAUCCUCUCCAAGCCGCCCAAACGGCAACACAUCGACGACGACCCCUCCUUCACCACCGCCACCGAAGCCAUCUCCUCGGACUCGAUCGUCAACCCAGGCACGGCCGGCGAGGCCAUCCAGGGCUCCACGUACUCAUCGCGCCACCCCACCAUCGGCCUGACCGCCAGCGGCAAAUCCCGGGACCCGCGCCGCCCGCACCUGCCGCAGACGACGCCCUUCGCCAAGUCGCAGCCGGACGAGAGGCACAUCAAGGAGAGCAUCCCGCUGAGCAGCAUGCGCGAGGAGGACCCGCGCGAGGCCCUGCUCAAAUACGCGGACAAGGCGGACAAGGACCGCAUGUUCACGGGCGCGUGGAGCAAGACGCAGCCCAAGACCAUUUACGCCGACGUGGAGGGGGAUGACGAGGAGAUCGAGCCGGCGCAGAAGAAGCAGAAGCGGUGA